AUGAAAGUUGACCAGGUGCUGACAGCAGCACUCCUGCUGCUGCUACCCCUUGCGUCCUGCCUCCAGGUUGUGACUGUGACCGACGACCGAGCGACGCUCAACAAACUAGUCGCCAGCCUGCCGAGCUGCAUGAUCCCAUGUGCUGCCAGCCACGCGCCCCGGGACUGUCCCCCUACGACAAUGAAGUGUGUGUGUCGGCCACCUAACAAAGCAGUGGAGGAGUGUAGUGUCAAGCAGUGCAAUGGUUGGGAUCUUGUGGUUGGGAAGCGACUAAUAAUGGAAGCGUGCGGCGUCCCACCGCCGAGAGAGGACAUUCCCCUCAUGGCGCAGCUCUGGGCUUCAACGGCCGUGUGCAUGGUGGCACUAGGCAUGUGCAUCGCGGCCCGGCUCUUGGGCGGCCAGGGCGGGAUCGGCUGGGACGACGCCUGUGUCACCGGGGCCAUCUGCUGUCUGGUGAUUACGGUCUCGGGCACCCAGGUCGCCGUCGGCCACGGCCUCGGGCGCGAUGCCUACGACACGGUCGACGACCUCAACGUAUCGACCCGCUGGUUCUUCAUCCGGAGCAUCUUCUUCUUCUGGGCCGUCGCGGCCUGCAAGGCCUCCCUGCUGUUCCAGUUUUCGCGCAUCUUCAACGCCGACGGGGCCGACCCCGAGUGGAGGCUACUGUUUCGUGGACCGGCCUGGUCUUUUAGAAUGGUGGUGCUGUGUACACACAUGGUCAACCUGAUUUCGUGCCUUUCCUUUACUAUAUUUGCGCUUGCCCAGUGCGAUCCAAUGAGCUAUUACUGGACACAGUGGAACUCACCGCGUAAUGGCUCAUGCAUCGUCAACAAGCGCUACCCAUCCUUUGGCCACUCGAUCGUCGGGGUUCUGCUUGACUUCUGGAUCUUGGGAUUGCCCUUGACUUUGAUUUCGACUUUGAACAUGUCCAAAGGGACCAAGAUUGCUGCGGCAAGCAUGUACUGCCUGGGAGCCCUGCUUGCUGUCGCCAGUGUCACCGUCAUCAGUAUCAUCCGCGUCAUCAUCCUCAUGAAAGACCUCAACAUCAGCAGCGACCUCCUCUCCAACUACACCGCCGUGACCAAGUGGUCGCAAGCCGAGAUGGCCACCGCCAUAGUGUGCGCCUGCAUCAUCCCAGCGAAGCAGUUUUGCUUUCGCGUCCUGCCGCUUCCCUUCCGGCGUCUAAAAAAGGCCUUGAUAUCUGCACGGCGCCCGCGGCGGUCCCUGCCGGACCUGGAGAACAGCAGCGGCGAGGAAGGUGGCGUUGAGCGCUGGCAGCAUGAGGACCAAAAGCCGUCGGCGGGAGGAGUGGCUACCUGCGGGAAACACGGUCAUACCAGCUCUACCGUCUCAAAGGAUGGCGAGAAAUCCGUGGUUGUGGAUGCCUCUGCGCGACAUUGUGAAGCUUCGGCCGGUCGCCAGCUACCAGCCGUGGGGGCCUCAAGCCGUCCAGCCGGGAACAUUAUAGCACGCAACACCCGGGUGGCCGUCACCGGUGGUGGGUGA